AACGACCUGCCACCAAGUCUAGCAGCUUCCCUGUGAGCGAUAUGACUUUUGGCUGCAGUUCUUUGUUCCUUUAGAAGCGUUUACUGCACCCGGCCGUGAUUGCGCGACGAGCUCUGCAAGAACUGCUUGACGAAUCGGCAUCGUCGCACUGUGUCGCACAGCCAAGAGGUCGCCAGGUGCUUCUUCACUCGAACAACUAAGCGGCAGGUCGAGAGCGGGUUACCGAAUUUCGUCACUUUCGCCAUGUCCUGCCCGUUUCUCGCGGCGGCAGCAGCGUCCGGCGAUGCCAGUAACGACGCGAGUCGUCCUACAGGAGGCUGCCCUUUCGCCAAGCGCUUCGCUCUCCUCGGCUCAUCCCCAAACGACCCAGCGUCGCAGCGAGAGUCGCCCACUGAAGCAGCGAUAGCGGCAGCAGCCACAGACGGCACAAGCGAAGUCGUGAGGAAAAUAGGGGAAGGCGAUAGCGGGAGAGAAAACAAUUCCGGGUCUCUUCAUUCUGCUGAGCAUGCGGUUAAGGGGCGCGCGGACAGCAGCGGGGCUGCGCAUGGAGGGGAUGGGGGGGAGGAGAGCGGGCGGAAGGCGGGCGCGGGGCGGUGCCCGUUCGGAUUCGAUUCCGCGGCGGACGGGCGGAUGGCGGCAGCUGUGGGACCGAUGAGCUGCGUGCUGUGCAAGGCGCUGCUCUUCGACCCCGCGCGCUGCGACCCGUGCAAGCACGUCUACUGCAGGGACUGCAUAGCUCGCUUCAACGACUGUCCUCUGUGUGGCUCCGACGUCAAGGGCCUCCUGCCCGACGCUGCUCUCGCGCAUGCCGUUGAUUCGUUCAUCACCGCGCACGUCCUCUCCCGCCCCGCCGCGCACCCGGUGCCCGUGGACGACGCUGCACCGGGUGCUCCUCGUGUGCAGGAAGCACGGAAGCCUGACGCACCUGCAUCUUCUGGUGCAAAUGCGGCUGCUGCAGAUGCCUCGGCGACAGAUGCAGCAGUAGCAGCAGCGGCAGCGGCGGCGGCAGAAAGGGAGGCGGAGGCAGCGAGGGUGGAGAUGGAAGCACUGGAUCUGGACAGGGCGAGCCCCGGCAGCUUCCUCUUCAUCCACGCCAUGCGGGCCAUGCAGCACGGCAACCUGCCCAGUGCGCGGGCUCGCUUCGCCCUCUCUGCCUCCUCGCUCAAGACCUUCCUCUCCCCGCCCUCCGCUGCUGGUCCUGCUGCUGCUGCUGCUCCUGGCGGCAUCAGCAGCAGCACUGCUGCUAAUGCGUCUGGGGAUCCAGCCGGUAUCGCUGUUUCCCCCUCGUCCGUGCUAGACCCAGCAGCAGCAGCGGCGGCAACAGCAGGAGGAGGAGUGGAGGGCACGGAAGCACAGCGGCGUGCGGCGGUGUCGAGGCUGGGAGCUGUGCUGGGCUCGCAUGCUGACUGCUGUCUGCUCAUGUCUGACGUGGCAUCGGCGGCCAGCAGCUACCAGGAGGCGGUGGAUGUGCUCUCUGCUGCUCUUCCCACGCUGCCUGCAGCGGUUGAAGGCGAGGGUGAGGGAGCGGGAGAGGGCGAGGCCGAGGGAGCGGCGGAGGAGGGGCAGGCGCAAGGGGUGGAGCGGCGUGGUGGUGGUAGUGGUGGUGGUGGUGGGAAGUCAGAUGGCAGCGCUGUUGACGAUGAGCUGUGCCACGCGCUGUGUGUGUCGCUCAACAAGCUUGGCGACCUGCACUACCGCGCCAACCGCCUGCCUGAAGCGCUCGCCCUCUACCACCGCGCUCUUGCUCGCAGGCAGCACGCCCUGGCCCGCGCAGAGGCGAGGGGGGGGGACGGCGCAGUGAGGGAGACAGCCAGCAAGGCGGUGGACGUGGCGGUGUCGACAGCCAAGGUGGCGGACGCACAGCAGGCCGUGGGGCAGGAGACGCGUGCCAGGGACGGCUUCACACGCGCGCUGCACCUCCUGCAGGGGGUCAGGGGGAGGCUCACAGCUGCUGCUGCUGCUGGCAGUGGUCAGGAGGUCUGUUUGGCUCUGCUGGAGAAGGUGGAAGCAACAGAGGCGUUCCUGCAGCAGCAGCUGGGGGCAGCAACAGGAGCAGGGACAGCAGCAGCAGCGCCGCCGCAAGGAGAGCCAGGUGCCAGGGGAUGAGAUCGUGCUGGCCUGCAACCCCUGCACCCUGCAACCCCUUCACCCGUCAAGCCGCCAACAAUCACCCACCAACUCUUCUGUGGAAAUGAAACCCUUGUUUUGAAUGGGAUUUUGGUGGAAUAAACGGCUU